AUGGCCGCGGGGCCGCCCGGCAGCCGCCGCCUCCUGCCGCUGCUGCUGCUGCUGGGGCCGGCGCUGGGGCCGGCGCUCGGGCAGGGCCUGGGGCAGACGCGCUUCAUCUGCACCUCGGUGCCGCUGGACGGGGACGUGUGCGCGGCCUCGGCGCUGGGCACCGGCUCGGCCGAGGAGCUGAAGGGCACCGUGCUGCAGCUGCGGGAGACGGUGCUGCAGCAGAAGGAGACCAUCAUGAACCAGAAGGAGACGAUCCGCGAGCUCACGGCCAAGCUGGGCCGCUGCGAGAGCCAGAGCGUGCUGGAGCUGCCCGGCGAGGGAAAGGGCAGGAAGGGCUUUUCCAAGAACACCAUGGGCGACCUGUCGCGGCCGGCCGCCGCCGAGACCCUCAGCCAGCUGGGGCAGACGCUGCAGUCCCUGAAAACCCGGCUGGAGAACCUGGAGCAGUUCAGCAGGAUGAACUCCUCCAGCCAAACCAACAACCUGAAGGACAUCCUGCAGAACAAGAUCGAUGACCUGGAGAAGCAGGUGCUGUCGCGGGUGAACAGCCUGGAGGAGGGCAAGCUCAGCCCCCGCAACGAGUCCGAGGAGCGCGGCAAGAUCGAGAGCACCCUCACCUCGCUGCACCAGCGCAUCAGCGACCUGGAGAAAGGCCAGAAGGACAACCGGCCCCCGGACAGAUUCCAGCUCACCUUCCCCCUGCGCACCAACUACAUGUACGCCAAGGUGAAGAAGAGCCUGCCCGAGAUGUACGCCUUCAGCAUCUGCAUGUGGAUCAAAUCCAGCGCCUCCCCCGGCAUGGGCACCCCCUUCUCCUACGCCGUGCCCGGGCAGGCCAACGAGCUGGUGCUCAUCGAGUGGGGCAACAACCCCAUGGAGAUCCUCAUCAACGACAAGGUGGCCAAGCUGCCCUUCGCCAUCAACGACGGCAAGUGGCACCACAUCUGCGUCACCUGGACCACGCGGGACGGCGUGUGGGAAGCCUACCAGGACGGCACGCAGACGGGCAACGGCGAGAACCUGGCCCCCUACCACCCCAUCAAGCCCCAGGGCGUGCUGGUCCUGGGCCAGGAGCAGGACACGCUGGGCGGCGGCUUCGACGCCACGCAGGCCUUCGUGGGGGAGCUGGCCCACUUCAACGUGUGGGACCGCAAGCUGAGCCCGGGGGAGGUGUACGGCCUGGCCACCUGCAGCUCCAAGGCGCUGGCGGGCAACGUCAUCGCCUGGGCCGAGGCCAACAUCGACAUCUACGGCGGGGCCACCAAGUGGACUUUCGAGGCCUGUCGGCAGCUCAACUAGGGCCACGGACACGCGAGAGAAACCUCCUCAGCGGGUUCUUUUAUUUAUUUUUUUUUUCCUCCUUGUUUUGCGCAAAAAACGACCGAGAACGAAGCCACCCGACUUGUCCCGGGAGCAGGGAUGCCCCGGCAGCGGGGCGCCCGCCCCCGGAGCCCCACGACCCUCCGGUCUCUGUCUUGCCAACGUCCUUCAACGCCUGCGUGCCUUGGCCUGGCGCGGCUGCGCCCCCCCCGCCGCCCC